AUAUCAAGAGGUUCUAAAACGACCAUCGGGAUACAGAUAUAAAUGUCUAAAUCUCCGAUAGGAAUUUCCUUAAACCUCGAACACGGAAGACCAGAGGGUCCCGUUUUCUAGAAAUAUUAACCAGACUUUAGUCAGAUUUCCGACGUACAAUGUAUACAGACAUCAGAGGGUGGACUGUCAGAAUCAGGCUCUUUCCUCUUCUCGCGUUAUUUUUCUUCUCCACGGUAACUGCCUACAAACCUGUUGUUUUGGUACAUGGUGUUUUUGGCACUGCUGACGGGGAGUUCAGACAAACCUUUGAUAAAUGGAUCCCCGAAGAACAUAAGGGUACUACUAUUUACCCGAUCCGUCUGUAUGAGAAGUUGUGUAGCCUCACUCCCAUGUGGAUCCAGAUCGCUAAAAUACGACAGAAGGUAGCAGACAUCAUGUCGAACCAUUCAGACGGCAUCCAUUUUGUAUGCUUCUCGCAAGGUGGAUUACUUUGCCGUGGUGUGUUGUCCUCAAUGAACCACAAUGUGGACACGUUCAUCUCUCUGUCCUCUCCACAGGCGGGGCAAUACGGAAUACCAGAACGAUGGAAGAAAUAUAUCGAUAUUCUGAAAAAGACAGCUUACAAGCUUCUGUACUCAAACUUCUUCCAAGAAAGACUCUCCAUUGCAAAUUACUGGAAUGACCCCCACCAUCAAGAUCUUUUCCGGCAACAUUCUGCGUUUCUGGCACCUCUUGACGGUACGACUCCAACAGCUAACUUAACAGAAUACAAAAUUAAUUUUCUGAAACUCCGGAAAUUAGUUUUGAUUGGUGGGCCACAAGAUGACGUCAUCAGACCUUGGGAGUCCAGUCAUUUUGGUUUUUAUGACGACAAAGAAGGAGUAGUUGAAAUGAAAAAGCAGCAGUUCUUUGUUAAAGACGAUUUUGGAUUGAAAACGCUCUACAAUAAGGGAAAGGUUACGACUUUCACUUUCUCGGGAGUUCGUCACUCACAAUGGUACACCAACCGCACAGUAUUCAACGAGGCAAUACUGCCAUUCUUAACAUAGGAUGGAGAUUAUUUGCUCCAGGAGUAUGUGCCGGUGAAAAUACAUCUUUCAUCAACCAAAAUAUCCUCUCAAAAUACAGCAUACGUUUACAAAUUGAAAAGCUUUUAGCCAUAUUUUGUUCUUUCUAGUUCUAAUGUCUCUCUUAGAAUACUUUGUGUGUGUGUUUUUGUUUGUAUGCGUGAAGUGAUUGGUUUCAAAUACUAAACAAAUACGUGAAAACUACAAGCAAACCCAGACAAGCAAGCCGCGGCAUUACAUCAGAGCAACAGAGAAUCUCGUAGACAGAGGCUCUUGAAGAGGAUGACAAGUACUGAACUGGCGACAGGUUACACUCGUGAAUGAGGACACUAUAAAGGCAGAAGUUGCAGCUUCCAAGGAAGAAAUCUUAUUCAGAAAAUAUACGAUACUCGCAACAUCAGCAACCUUAUUGCACACUUGCAAUCUUUGUACAAUAACAAUAUUAUUUCUGAAAAACAUAACGUAGAGCGAUCUUAAUUGUGAGUGAAAAUACAGUAAACCAACUUUUAUUCGCGUGCGUGAAAUAUUCGCGAGUUUCGCGACCAACUUUGCUUUACAUUGGUAGAGAACGAUUCCUCAGUCGCGAAAAUUAAUCGUCGCGGAUUGAUUUUAAACUGACGAAUCGCGAAUAAAAGAUGACGCGAAUAAUAGUUGGUUUACAUUACUG